UAGUCGGGAAGAAGAGAACAAGGCAACCAGCCUCAUUAGCAAUUUGCAGCAUUGCCAAAUGGCAAUGGCAAUGGCCAUGGCCUCAUCCUCAAUGUUAUCAACAACUUGUUCUUUUAGUUUCCCUUCUAUCACUAUGUGCAUUUCCUCUUACAACCCUAACCCUUCUAGAAGACUAGCUCUCUUUCACCUUCUUUCUGGUCCUUUUGCUAUUCCACAGUCCCAAUCUCUGUUAUUUGGUGUAAAAGGUUCAGAAUUGUUUAGAGUAGCAGAGGCUAAUGCAGCAGAGAAUCUAAUUCAACCAGAGCAAAAUUUGUUUGAAUGGGUCAAAAAUGACAAUAGAAGAUUCUUACAUGUUGUGUACCGUGUUGGGGACUUGGAUAAGACUAUAAAGUUUUACACUGAGUGCCUUGGCAUGAAGCUGUUGAGAAAACGUGAUAUACCUGAAGAAAGAUACACAAAUGCUUUUCUUGGAUAUGGCCCUGAAGAUUCCAAUUUUACAGUUGAGCUUACCUACAAUUAUGGAGUGGACAAGUAUGACAUUGGAAAUGGGUUUGGUCAUUUGGGUGUUGUAGUUGAAGAUGCUGCCAAGGCAGUUGAUCUGAUAAAAGCAAAAGGUGGAAAGGUUAUCAAGGAACCAGGGCCUGUCAAAGGUGGCAGCACAGUAACUUCUUUCAUCCAAGAUCCUGAUGGUUAUGAAUUUGAGCUCUUGGAAAGAGGACUUACUUCCGAACCCCUAUGCCAAGUGUCGCUUCGUGUAGGUGAUCUUGACCGUGCCAUAGUCUUCUAUCAGAAAGCUCUUGGCAUGCAACUUCUGCAUAGGAAAGACAAUCCUGAGCACAAGAAUACAGUUGCCACAAUGGGGUAUGGUCCUGAAGAUAAGAACACUGUUCUAGAACUUACAUAUAACUAUGGAAUCACUAAUUAUGACAAAGGAAAUGGCUAUGGACAGAUUGCAAUAGGCACAAAUGAUGUGUAUAAGAGUGCAGAAGCAAUCAAACUGUGUGGAGGCAAGAUUAUCCGUGAACCUGGGCCGCUGCCAGGUAUCAACACCAAGAUAGCAGUUUGCUUGGACCCUGAUGGUUGGAAAUUGGUUUUUGUUGAUAAUGCUGAUUUCCUGAAGGAAUUAGAGUGACAACUUUUAAUUCCAAAAUAUGCCCUCUUUUCUAUUAAGUCUUCCUUCUCUCUUCCCGGCCAAGCUUGGACAUCACUGCAGACUCCGGUGACUAUACCUGCGAUUUUAUAGGCCAUACCUUAAAGCAUUGGUUUUCAGAUUGUGGGAAAGAAUAGUUAUGAAUGAAACUUUGAGCUUACACUUCUUCUUUUUGGUGAAUGUUCCUGCCAUGUGCUUGCUUUUCAUUUUCGCUAUAACCUGUUGUAAUUUUGUUAGAACAUUCCAUGUAACUAUUUAAUUGGAGAUAUCAACAAAUCAGUGGUUAUGAUUAUCUCCUAUGGCUAUUAUUUGUUGAUGGAUUUUUGAGUGUCUUCUAGCAAUUACCUGUAAAUUUGAAUUCAUAUUGAAAGAUACUUGCUUCCAGUGAAGAUCUCCUGCAUUUGACAUUGGGAUA